CCUUCUUUCAAACGGUGUUCCUCUCGCCAUACGUGGCACCAGCUAAAUGCUAAACCAGUCUGUCUCUGCAGGUGACCAUGGAUCAGGUAAUGCAGUUCGUGGAGCCCAGCCGGCAGUUUGUGAAGGACUCGAUACGGCUGGUCAAAAGGUGCACUAAGCCUGACAGGAAAGAGUUCCAGAAGAUUGCAAUGGCAACAGCAAUAGGCUUUGCAAUAAUGGGAUUUAUUGGCUUCUUUGUCAAAUUGAUCCAUAUCCCAAUCAACAACAUUAUUGUAGGCGGCUGAGUGCUCAUGGUGAAGAACAAGACAUCGUGACGUUUGCUGCAAAGAUUUCACAGCUUUGUAACUUGUUCACUAUUAAACAGUUUGGGGUUUUCACGCA